GGAGGGGAUGACAGACAGCACUAUCGGGAAGACCUCACUGGUCCCCCCACCCACGGCGAAGGAGCGCUGCAUCACACCACUGGCAUGAGACAGCAGGCAUCAUAUCAUGGUGAUGGUGAAAUUAGAGUUCUUACUUGUGCGGCCGCCCGCGCUGGACCCCAGAGUAAAUUUCAGACCAAUAUUCCGUAUGUCCCUGUCUCUAUCCACCAAACCUCGCUUACAGUACAUGUACGAGUACACAAGUUAUCCUGUCCCACCAGUCAACCGCCGCCGCACUCCUACUCGAGUACGAGUACUGUACGUACACAGAUCAUGAACAAGAGCAAAUUCAAUUCAACUUCCCCGAAUACCCGAGCCUGCAAACCAUUAACCCUUGCACUCUGCACCCGGCAACUUUGGCAGGAACCUGUUACAUAACCAACCACCCAACACCCCGAUCAUGAGAACUAAACCCUAACCCACUCGCCGGUCAACCGAAUAAGGAAAGUUCGAGAAAAUUCUCCAACCCCCUAACCCCGCCUAGAAUCUUCCAGCAACAUCAACAAUCACUCGUGAUCCCCCGAUCCGCGCCAUCCGGCCAUACCGAGUCAGGUGAGGAUGACGACAGCCGGACGCGAACACACGCGGAGCUCGAGGGUGCUCGAAGUUUCGAGGUUUUUUCUAAGCAUUGACAGGAUUGCGUACGGUACAGUACCAGCGCUCCUUCGAUUCUCUUGAGGGCCAGGAUUGAAGAUAUAAACCCCCUCGACCUCCUCAGGUCUAGACAUCCGAAGCUCAAACCUCGAACAACCCAACACAUCUCCACAUCUCAUUAGAACUCCCCAAACACCCCCUCAAAAAGCUCCCCUCGAAAACACGCGAACCGGCACAAAAUGUCGCUCCUAAGACAAUACUCUGACAUCUUCAGUCUCCUCGACGAGACGGCUCGCACAUCCCAGCACUCCAACCGCCGUGGCACCUUCUCCCCGAGCUUUGACGUUCACGAAACCGAAAAGGCCUACAUCCUCGAAGGCGAACUCCCGGGACUCCACGACAAGUCGAACCUAAGCAUCGAAUUCACUGACCCUCAGACACUCCUCGUCCGCGGCAAGACCGAGCGCAUGCACCGGGAGUCCUCGGAUGGUGACGAGUCCACCGUCACCAAGAAGGACAAGGAGGUCCAGCGGGAAGACAAGGGCAGCACCGAGGAGGAGAAGAAGGAUAAAGAUUCCAAGCCCCGCUAUUGGGUUUCGGAGCGCACGGUCGGCGAGUUCCAGCGUAGCUUUUCAUUCCCGAGUUAUGUUGAUGUGGACGCUGUCAAGGCUAGCCUUACGCACGGGAUUUUGAAGAUUGUGGUGCCGAAGAAGCAGAGUCAGAUUGCCAAGAGGAUUGAGAUUUCCUAAUUCACGUCUGGAGAGAGAAUGUGGUUCGGAAUUGAGCUCGGGAUGGUGGUGGAUUGAUUGUUAUGCGUUUCCCUUUUUCUCUUUCUUUUUCUUCUCCAUUUCCUUCCUGCCCAAUGAUUCUGACGAUUUUUACGAUCGGCACAAUCCUUGAUAGUCGCUCCUUGGGUUCCCUGUGGGUUUGGCAGUACAUUCAGUUUAGUGCAGGAUACACUCGUUAGGUGGCCCCGUUAUUAACUGGUGUCUAUCCUCUGUUUUCCAGUUAUUUCCCUACCUGCCUGCUACUAAAUUCCCGAUAUUACACAAAAAAAGCCCCUAUCCACAUGCAUUCAUGCGCUGUGAUUACUCGGUAUUUUUCAUAUCCUGUCACUCUUUCCAAACCGGUACUUGGUCUCAAGUGUUCUUAAUCAAUCUUAACACAUCCGUCAAUUACAAAAUAGAUGCCCCGCGCUUAAUAACUUGGACAAAACCGAGUGAAUCUCUGUGAGGCCAGUAUUGUGCCGCCUUUCAGGAAUUAGCAAUGUGUCCACGAAAAAAAAAACAUUGUGGUUUUGUGUUCUAGACUUGCACCUGUCCCGUGGCGGUGAAGGGGCAGCCGUCGAUCACGCACAAGGUUCUGUUCCGGUGGAGUCUAGAUAUCCAACUUCUCUACGGCAUGUUCUGUGCGGGUUACAUCCCAUCCAGAACACACUUGCUCGGGAGCUCCGCUCCUCAUAAGAUGCGUGCCGGGGAAAGUUAUCCCACUACUAGGUUUUCCCACUAUCGUGUUUGCAGCCCGCCCAUCUAAACGGAGCUCCAACAGAAGGCAUCUCAAGCAUCUGGUAUCGUAGAAAUUCUCACGCCUUACCUAGCCAAGCCAACCCCCAACCAUCACGCCUCACCAACGCAUUUGCUUCCAUGGCACGGAUAUACACUCACUCACUCACUCACACCCACCCACCGACUACCAUUUUCUUGCUUUCCCUUAAUAGCCAGACUAAGCCCUCGCAUCAGAGCACGGAACGAAAAAAGAAACCGAAAAUCCCAAGCGCCAAGGGGCCACUCAUGACCUCACCUUCACUCCACGGGACACAGAAUCCGACAUAGGAUGGCACCGCGGAGAGCGAGAGCCGUCGCCGCAUUCAUACAUAUA